AUGAGAAAAGGACUAAAGGAACUCGACGAGUUAUAUAGUCAACUCGACGAGUUGGAUGAGGGUUUCCAGCUUUCUGGAUUCUGCAUGAACUCGGCGAAUGUCUACUCCUGGGAAACCUUCUGCUUCGUCCUCAAACCAAACUUCUCUUUGCUCAAUAUCUGCUCCAAAGUCGUUAUGGAUGGCUCAAACUAUAACGAUUGGAUGCGCAACAGCAAGAUGGCUCUUCGUUUCGAGAACAAAGAAUACGUUCUUGAAAAGGAGCUCAAGAGCUUGAUGAGAAUGAAGCUACUCCUGAAGAUCUUGCUGCUACAAGAAACAUUACGAUGA